AUGGCAUUGCUAGCAGGGAAAAUAGACCUGUCCAAAGUACAAAUUAGACCCAUUCAGUCAGGCCUAAACAAGUAUAACAUCGACAUUAAGGAGAACCAUGGGCUCAACAGUAAGACCGGAUUCUGGUGGCUUAGAUUUACUUUUGACUAUAGGCUCGAAGAGAAAAUCGAGGUGCGUUUAACGAACUAUAAGAAAAUUUCCACCGAACGUACCUUUUUGACGAUGGAAAUAGUGAAGUGUGACUACCUGAAAAUAAAAUGUAAGGACGAAAUGGAGUCGUUCGACGUGGAGGAAGAGCUAGCAAAUUUGUCCGAGCUUUGUCGAGUAAACGAGAGCGUCGGGAGCCCCGAGAAGCUUCGUAAGUACCUGGAAGACAACAUCUUGCCUCUUGUGAUGAAAAAGAUCAAGUACACAAAAUUCAACCCGCAAUUCAGCUUCUUUUUGAGCCACAAAUCAAAGGACAAGCCACUGAUGGAAACCUUCCGCGAUGGGCUGAAAUUUGUAGGUUAUCAAACAUGGCUAGAUAAGGAUGACAUGCCAAUAGCGGCUAGUCUGCAAGGAGCUUUGAAAGUCGCCAUCGAAAAAUGCGACUGUUUCAUAGUGUGGCUAAAUGAGGAGUACUUCGAGAGCAACUACUGUCAAGCGGAACUACUAUAUGCAAGAAAACUUGGAAAAAUUAUUCUUCCAUUCGGUGUUUACAGCAAAAUUAAGGAUCUUUUGAAGGGAGAUUUUGAAUUCUUAGUCGAUCUUCACUUAUACGAUCCUUCAACGUCAUCCUUCUUUGAGGUGCUUCGGCGAAUCGACGAGGCACUGUUUAACUUUGAAAUGCUAACUAUAUAG